AUGGCCGAUCCACGCACCAAGAGAUACAGCCCUCCGACUUCGAGGUUGCCCACCUUGCCCAACCUUGGUAGUCUCUCUCCUAUAGGUCAAGCGAAUGGCGCAAAGACCCUAGGUGUUUUCACAAGCCCGGACACUCUUUCUCAAUUGCCAGGCCUGUCGCCCACUAUGGAAAAACGUAACAAUCACAGAAACUCGGAACCUUCAGAAUCCCAAGCCAGAUACAUGAUCCGCAUUCGACGUCUGCCACGCAAUUUUACCGAAGAUGCGCUCAGAAGCAUGCUCAUCUUUGCUACUGACCUCGACGAAGCAAAGUUUGUGCAACCAUCCGAGUCGACCAGCUUGGAGGACUCGGGUUUCAACAGCGCAGUCGCCAUCUUCCACACGGAAACCGGCGCUAUGGAAGCAAAGAAGCAUCUUCAUGGAAAAUCAAUGGACAAGGGAGUGACAACCAUGAUCGUCGAACUCAUUCCUACUUCACAAUCUGCAUACAAUGCUUCGAGACGCAACACUGUCGACGGAACAGCAUUGCGACAGCAGAACACUUCUGGUGGCUCCAGCAGCACGACUCUCUCGACAUCGGCAGAAAAUGGUCUGAGUCGUCAGUCUUCUCGCUUCACCAGCAGCUUCCAGCAGAAUCUCGGCUCUCAGGCCUCUCAAAGCAUGAACACACAGAGCAUUACUUCGCCUUUGACAUCUCCUUUGAUCUCCACUGCACAUGCUUACGAAUUCCCUGCUCCCGACAGCAGCAACCGCCUCCAAGGGCUCUUUUCUCCCCAGUCUCCGGUCGCCAACGCUUACAGUGAUCACAACCGCAUCUCGGGAAAGUCUCUCAUCAAUGACGGUAUCGACGACGAUGAAACUGGCGAGCUUCUGAAAGAUCCUGUUGGCUAUGCUCAAAACGGUCCUAAGCCCUCGUCUAGCUACAGUAGUUUUGUCCCUCAAUUUGGCAACCUUUCUCUCGAUACCAACCACAGUACCACAAAUGGACACUCUUACUCAAAUUACGUGGGCUCUCCUCCGGGUUCGAAUUUCGCUUCUCCGCAAGCCGUGCGCUCACCACCCUUGCCGACUCCUACCAGAGGCCCUGGUGGAGGCCCAAAUGGCACUUACUCGAACAGAAACCUGAAGCAUGACUAUCCUCCUGCCAAUCCUGCUGACCAGAACCCCCCUUGCAACACUUUGUACGUUGGAAAUCUGCCGAUAAACACCAGCGAGGACGAGCUGAAGUCUCUGUUUUCCAAGAGCAGAGGCUUCAAGCGACUCUGCUUCCGUACAAAACAGAACGGCCCCAUGUGUUUUGUCGAGUUCGAGGAUACUUCUUACGCAUCUCAUGCUCUUCACGAGCUGUAUGGUGUACAACUGCACAACAGUUACAAAGGAGGCAUUCGUGUCAGCUUCUCAAAGAACCCUCUGGGUGUCAGAAGCGAUAACAGAAAUCACGCGGCGAUGGGUUCUCAUCCAGGCCAAUCUGGAUUCGGCAACGGUAUGGGUGCUCCUCCGGGGUUCACUACUGCAGCAGGGCCUCCUCCUGGUCUUAUGCCUCCUGGCGUUCACGGUCAGCAAUCCCACGUGCCACCGUCCAUGCAGAACAACGCCGGUCGUGGAUAUGCCCCUCAGUACAGAGGCAUCAACCCUCAGAACUAUUCUCAGCAAGGCACAAACAACUAUUCUCAGCCUCAUCGUAGCCUCUCGUCUGGUCAGUAUGCAUAUCAACCAACAUUCGGCAGCAUGAACAGCUUCAUGGACCAUUCUCUUAACGGCAACUCUUACACCAACGGUAACGGUCAACACGCACUCAACGGACACAACGGACGAUGA